AUGGUUAGCAGCAAGAGGAAGCGAGCCCUCGAGGACUUCGACCCCAACAAGUCGGAUCCGGAGGAUGAAAACUUCGACCCGAUAGAGGCAAGGCCUAGCCGAAGCUCCAAGAAAACCCGCUCAUCUAGAAAUGGGAAACCAGGGCAGAAAAGGACCAACCGUUAUCGCGGAUCCGACAUUGACGAUGACGAUGACGAGUUAUCUGAUAGCGAAGAAGACUCUUUUGCCGAGAACACCGAAGAGUCUGAUGAAGAAGCUCCCAGGAAUGCGGCUGGGCGGCGGGCCAGGAAAGUGGCAGUCAAACAGCAGAAUUAUAAAGAGAGCAGCGAAGAAGACGACGACGACAUAGAAGAAAAGGAAGAGGUUGAAGAAGAGCUCGAUGAACUAGACGACGUUCCCCUCAAGCCUGCAAAGCCGGAGCCAUCAAGGAUGGUCAAGCUCAAGGUCUCUGGUCCAGCCUUGGCCCGGACGCGCAGGACUCGGGCACACACUGAAGAUGCUGAAGAGUUCAUGGAACUGUCCGCUUCUGGUCGACAUGCCGUUCUAUCCCGAGAAUCACAAAGCAGAAGCCCCGAGUCAGCUUCACGAAGGCCCACCCGCGCUGCCAAAGGGGUGAAGAAAGCCGAGCCAAUUCUGGAGGCUUCCCACGAGAGUAGCUUUCGAGAGAAGGAUGACGCCAAUGCCCCUGAUGAGCUCCUGGAGGAUUCACCAAGCCGUGAAAAGCAUGAAGAAAUUGACUCUGAUAUGCCGGAUGCUGUCAAGGAGGACCAAGACGCCCCAGUGGAGAAUUCCGCCGCAGUGAAGCAAGACGCGGCCGACGAUGAUGACGACGACGACGACGUACUCACCACUCGGAGGACCAGAAGCUCUCGAGCUGCCGCUGGGGCUUCUACAGAGGAUGCCGUCGAGACCACCGAGGUAGUCGAAGCUGAAGCUGCGGCCGAAGAUGGGUCAGAUGCCGGUGGUGCUCGCCGGUCUCGCCGGUUAGCGAGAGGCACCAAGAAAUCCACUCAGGAACCUAGUAGCGAUUUUGAACCUGGCGAUGAUUCCGAUGAUGCUGAAGUCUCCGAUAAAGAGCGAAAGGGGAAUGAUGAUGUUAUUGACAGCCCGACUCCUCGAGGGAGACAGACCCGAUCUCGCGGCCGUACCUCACGCCGUCGAAACUCUUCUGCUGAUGAGGAGCCUGAUUUCGACUUGGACGAGCUUAACGAAGAAGCCCGCGAAUUGAGACGCUCAUCUAGGCCGCAUAGAAAGGCCCGGACAGAGUCCCCCAUUGUGUACCAGGAGGGCUCACGUCGACGACCUAGGAUCAACUAUUACAUGCCUCCGUUGACUGCCGCCAACAUUGAGGAGGAAGCAGAAGAUCCUGCUCCUACUCCGGCUCGCGGCCGUCGACGAGGCGGCGCCAGCGCUGGCUGGGACAGGAAUCUCAACACCACAUACGGUCCCUUUGGCGGCGGCGGCGAUGUCGGGUCUCUGCUUGGCGGCCCAUGGGGGACUGGUGCCACCGGCGGAGUCGACUCUGAUAGCAGUGAUGAUGAGAUGAUGCACAGGUCCACAGCCGCAGGAAAUGUUGGCAUGACGCCGACGUCUGCAGCUCCAGCUGGUGGCCUUGUAUCUGGUGGGCAGGGUCAUGGCGUUGACGCUACGCCUAACGUCGGCAAGAUCAAAGACCGCAAAGCGCUCGCUGAUGCUGACCCCCUGGGUGUGGAUUUGAACGUCGACUUCAGCAAGGUUGGUGGGUUGCAAGGCCACAUCGAUCAGCUCAAGGAGAUGGUUCAGCUUCCUCUGCUGUAUCCAGAACUCUUCACCCGAUUCCAUGUUACACCGCCCCGCGGCGUCUUGUUCCAUGGUCCUCCAGGUACCGGUAAAACGCUGCUCGCUCGUGCUCUGGCCAAUUCGGUUGGUUCUGGCGGCAAGAAGAUCUCCUUCUACAUGCGCAAGGGUGCUGAUGCGCUCAGCAAAUGGGUUGGCGAGGCUGAAAAGCAGCUCCGUUUGCUCUUUGAAGAGGCGAGGAAGACCCAGCCUAGUAUCAUCUUCUUUGACGAGAUUGACGGACUGGCGCCGGUCAGGUCGAGCAAGCAAGAGCAAAUCCAUGCUUCUAUUGUCUCGACCCUGCUGGCCCUGAUGGAUGGCAUGGAUGGGCGUGGACAAGUCAUCGUCAUCGGCGCCACCAAUCGACCGGACAACAUUGACCCUGCUCUUCGACGACCGGGACGAUUUGAUAGAGAAUUCUACUUUCCCCUGCCCGACCUCGAGGGGCGCCGGUCCAUCCUUAACAUCCACACACAAGACUGGGGUCUGUCGAACGAGUUUAUGCAGUCCCUGGCUGAGAACACCAAGGGCUACGGUGGUGCUGAUCUGAGAGCUCUCUGCACCGAGGCGUCACUCAACGCUAUUCAGCGGACCUACCCACAGAUUUACUCUUCUACAGAGAAACUGCUUGUCGAUCCAGCCAAAAUUUCGGUCCAUGCCUCCGAUUUCAUGAUCUCUAUCAAGAAGUUGAUACCUUCGUCGGAGCGUUCUGCAACAUCAGGAGCACGCCCUCUUCCAAGCUCUAUUGCGCCUCUGCUCCGUGAACAAUUUGACGAGGCCAAGCGGGCGCUUGAUCUGCUCUUGCCCCGGAGAAAGAAGACGACUGCACUGGAAGAGGCCAUGUAUGAGCAGUUUGAUGACGAAGAUCAUGGAUUUGGACGUGAGACACUGAACCAAGAGUUUGAACGCUCUCGAGUCUUCCGGCCUAGGUUUCUCAUCUCAGGUGCUCAUGGUAUGGGCCAAGGCUAUAUCUCGUCUGCAAUUCUCCAUCAUUUUGAAGGGAUUCACGUACAGAACUUUGACCUCCCAGCCCUCCUCAAUGACGGACGGGCAAUGGAGCAAGUCAUCGUUGGCCUCUUCACUGAAGUAAGGCGCCACAAACCGAGUGUGAUCUAUAUUCCAAACAUUGAUGCUUGGUAUACGGUGCUGGCUGGAACGCUGGCGCUGGUCACCUUCCGCACUAUGUUGAGAUCCAUCGCCCCAACGGAUCCUGUACUCCUCUUGGCCACUGCAGAUUGCGAAAAGAAAGACCUUCCACAGGAAAUGGUUCGCGAUUUUUUCGGCUACUCUCACAAAAACCAAAUGCAGAUCACGAAACCGAACAAGGCCAAUCGCAUGGAGUAUUUUUCGAAAACAUUGGAGUAUGUGAAGCUGCAGCCUCGCGACUUCCCAGAUCUCGACAACCGUAAGAAGAGAGUUCUCGAGGAGUUGCCAGUAGCUCCUCCGGCGCCCGUCAAGCCGCCAACCAAGGAAGAGGUGAAGGCUCUGAAGAAGAGAGAUCAUCAGUUCCUGAACGCUCUCAAGAUCCAACUUCAGCCCAUCAUGGAUCAGAUCAACCGUAGGUAUAAGAAGUUCAGACAGCCGGUUCUUCAACAAAGCCAGAUUGAAUACUUGUUCUUGGAGGCAGAUCCGAACUACGUACGGCCCGAUCUAGCAGAGGGAGAGAACAGACCCUUUGAGAUUGUAAAGGAUAAGCAUGGAAAUGACGUGCUGAUGCACAUCGAGUCUGGCAAGUACUAUUACAACCUCGAGACCACCACCAUUGAGGAGCGCCUGUCGAACGGGUUCUAUGCUCGCCCCAAGGACUUUUUGUUUGACAUUAAAGCUCUGGCAAAGGACGCCAAGAACAUUGGCGACAAAGAGCGCACUCUCAAGGCCAACGAAUUGCUCAGCAACGUCGAGGUGGAUGUAGCAAGUAUCGAAAACAGCACAGCCCACAUCGACUGGGAAGCGCUCUACCAGCGCCAACAGCAGCGAGCCAAGGAGGCAGCGGAGAAGGAGCGGAAGCGAAAAGCCAUGCAAUCCGUAUUGGAGCGAGUCCAGUCGGAUCUUGGCGGAGGCAAUGACAGCGAUUCCCAGGGCCCUCUCACCCUUGGAGAGCCAGUGCCAGGGGCUCGCACCAUGGCCCGCUUCCAGAUACGAAGCCCCUUGUCUAACGGGCAUGGCGAGGCUGGCCAAAAUGAACAUCCGCUUAGUAACGGUGUCCCCAAUCCGAUAAAGGAGGGCGAUGUUCAGAUGAGCGGGACCGAUGAUGACACACAAAUUCUGACCCAAUCCCAAACCUCUCCCAUGGGCCCGCCCCCAAGAUCAGAGGAGCUAUCUUCCUCGAGAAUCUUGGCGGCUGGGGGGACGCAGGUAUCUCAGCGAUCUGCAAUUACCACUCUUCCUCCUGGCGUGUCGCCAUCGGCUGUAAUCAACGAGGCAUCCACGACAAAGACGUCGGAUCCGUCAACUCACAGAUCUUCCAACUGGAGCACGCAGAAUACAAAUGGAAACCACGAGCACGAUGAUACGCUACCGGACACUUUGUUAGUUGCGCAGAACCAGAGUCAGCUGUCAUUGCAGAACCAAAGUAUUCUGUCAUCUUCUAGUGAGAUUUGGCCGCAUACUCAAGCUCGGGGACCGGCACUUGACGAAAGCUCGUCCGCCUCGCUCAUAAGCCGCCCGUCGCUCCAAUCCCAAACUCACAAGAGCCCGGGAGCUGCGAAGUCGGUGAUUAGCUUACCGUCUCAUGAUUCAAGCUCGUUGGGAGACCCAGUUCGCAACUCGGGCUCGUCUUCCCAACCGUUGCAGGUAGAAGGACAGAUAGAAGAACUUCUGCACAGGGUAGCAGACCUCACCUCGGGCUGUACGAUUGAGCAACUCGAACAAGUCAACCGUGAGAUGAUGGACGAGAUAUGGCGCAGCCGACACGAGUGGAACAGAGUCAAGGUACUCGGGAACGUGUCGUCAGUGUUCAACGAGGUGAUGCAUGACAUCGAAAACAUGCAAGGCAUGGAUCCACUGAGUCAGCGAGAGGACUUGGAU